GUUUCGGUGUAAGAGCUCCACCUCUCAGCUGCUGUCUGUAGUUAUAAAAAGCCCACCCUCUGCCUGUUUCCUGUCAGUGUCUACAAGAUGGUGCUUGGCACAUUGUUAGCAGUUGGAGCAGGAGCAGCUGGGGCUGUAGUUGGAGCCCCAGUAUUGGUUUCAGCGUUGGGUUUCACUGCAGGCGGCAUCGCUGCAGGAUCCGUAGCUUCAUGGAUGAUGUCCACAGCGGCGGUCGCUAACGGUGGAGGUGUAGCAGCGGGAGGUGUUGUUGCUGCCCUGCAGUCCGUCGGAGCUGCUGGAUUGUCUGCUGUUGGCCAGACUGCCCUGGGUACUGUAGGAGGAGCUGUGGCAUUAGCCUUGUUGUAAACCAAACCUACAGCAAAUAUAAAUGAUUUAUGCACGAAUUUUUCCUUUAAGCUUUGAACUUUUUUUUUCCUUUAUUACACUAAGACAUUGUGCUUCUUUUCAUCUAUAUGAAGGGAAAAAGUGCUUAAUUGCACUAUGUAAGCCUCCUACAAAACUAAUAAAGUGAAUAUAUAGUAAUAAUACAA